AUCAAGGGGCCCAAGCAAUACCAUAUUCCAUUCAAGGUCUGGAGAUCAUUCACCCAGGGUGGGGUUUCUGGGGCAGGCGAGAACUCCAGGCCGCUGGAAGAGGUGGCCCAGGGGACUGCAUUCCCUGUGUCUCCCCAGAGCCAAUCAUGACCACACUCCUGCGGCUGCUCCUGGGCCUCAGCCUGGGCUGCACCGGAGCAGGUGGCUUUGUGGCCCAUGUGGAAAGCACCUGUCUGUUGGAUGAUGAUGGGACUCCACAGGAUUUCACAUAUUGUAUCUCCUUCAAUAAAGAUUUGCUGACUUGCUGGGAUCCAAAGGAGAGAGCAAUGGUCCCUCUUGAAUUUGGGGCACUGAAUGUCCUGGCCACUUACCUCUCCAGUUACCUCAACAAUCAGGAAAACCUGCUCCAACGCUUGUCUGAAGGGCUCCAGGACUGUGCCACACACACACAGCCCUUUUGGGCGUCACUGACCCAAAGGACACGGCCUCCAUCUGUGCAAGUAGCCAAAACCACUCCUUUCAACACGAGGGAGCCUGUGAUGCUGGCCUGCUACGUGUGGGGCUUCUACCCAGCAGAUGUGACCAUCACAUGGAGGAAGAACGGCCAGCUUGUCCCUCCUCAUGGCAGUGCCCAUAAGGUUGCCCAGCCCAAUGGAGACUGGACAUACCAGACCCUCUCCCAUUUAGCCACAACCCCUUCUUUUGGGGACACCUACACCUGUGUGGUGGAGCACAUUGGGGCUCCUGAGCCCGUCCUUCAGUACUGGACACCUGGACUGUCCCCGGUACAGACGGCGAAGGUCUCUGUGUCUGUAGCAACCCUAGGCCUGGGCCUCAUCAUCUUCUCGCUUGGUUUGCUCAGCUGGCGGAGAGCUGGCUCCUCUGGUUAUACUGCCCUGCCUGGAUCCAAUUUUCCAGAAGGCCGGCACGUUUCCUAGAGGCAGGAUCCUACAACUUCCACUCCAAGUGAGAAGGAGAUUCAAACUCUUAGUGAUGCUUCUGUGUCCUCUAACAUCCUCAAACCCUCCAAUUUUUCUUGGAUCUCAUGGCUUCCCCAUCUGAUUCUUUAUGUUUCCCAGUCUCCUCCCCAUGUAAACCUUGGAAACAGGGAAAUUCAUUUCUGGGAAUAUUCUGUAAUCAAGUAACUGUCCAAGGCUGUAUUUCUGGGGUCAAUAUAAUCUGGGGAGGAAGGCUAAAGACCUUCAUGGGAGCCCCACUCAGACACAGAGGGCAGUGAGUCACUGGUGAUAUCUCUGAGGAAUAAACUCUGGUGGAAGGAUGGCUUUUCCAUGCCUUUUCCUGAGGCACUGGGGAGGCACUAUGGGUAGAGUUGGGGACUGGGGUUGAUUCUUUCCGACUUGAGUGGAGAGUCCUCCUCCCAUUUCUCCAUCUAGAAAGAUAGAAUUUGGGGCUGUUUUAAAGUUCAUAAUUCAUAAGAAGAAAUUGAACUGUGGUAGGAUGGAGUCACAGAGUAAGGUAGAGGAAGGGAUUAACAGUUUAUUUUGCUUCAUAAAAGGUUUUAUGAGGGUUAAAUGAGCUUGUAUGUGAAUAUGACUAAGAACAUUGGGUGGAACAAAGCGAGCCCACAAUAAUGACUCAACUUUCUGGGCCAGGC